GGUGGCAGAUGAUGAGUACUUUUGGAAGAUCCAAAAGCUCCCAAGUCUUCUCUGAGUACAGUGGAAGCUAAGUAAACAUUAUAAGGUGUUCACAAUCAAGUUCAGUUUUAUCCAGAGAAUCAUGGCAGAAGGUGGAUUUGAUCCUUGUGAAUGCAUUUGCUCACAUGAACAUGCAAUGAGAAGACUGAUCAACCUGCUGAGACAAUCACAGUCAUACUGCACAGACACAGAAUGCCUUCAGGAAUUGCCAGGACCAAGUUCCUCCAGUGACAAUGGCAUCAGCUUUGCCAUGAUAAUGGUGGCCUGGAUGGUGAUUGCACUUGUCUUGUUCUUACUGAGGCCUAGUAAUCUGAGAGGAUCCAAUACAGCUGGAAAGCCAACCAGUCCACAUAGUGGACAAGAGCCACCAGCCCCACCUGUGGACUAGAGCUUUCAGUAUUGGAAAAGUUCAGCAGCUAAAACCUUGCACGACCAAAUGAACGAAGUGACCAGAUUACUCUUAAACCCCGUUCGAUGUUGUUUUCUUUUUUCAUUUACAUACAGCGGAGUUAUCAUUCAGCAGUUAUAUUCAUUAACUGCUUUUAGCUACUUAAAGUUAAUUUUUGCUUCAUAUGUAAUUACCAUUUCUAGUAGAUGAUGAUUUGGUUAAAUAAUAAGGCAUUACAGGGUUUUUUUUUGGUUAUUAUUGUAACUGUGGACGUUCUACUUAGCUUCUUUCUGUUACAGCGAUCUUAAUUUCUUUGCAGUGGUUUCUGGUAUUCAUUGAAGGAAAGUGAAAAUCCCUUUGCAUCUAUAAUAAUGGAAGGUUACUGAUCAUUCUUCAGAUUAAUCCCUAUUUUUUCUCCAGUAUAUUUUUGAGAGUUAUAUUAUGGUUGCAAUCAUUAGCUUAGUUAUGUGGUGAAAAAAAAAAAAAAAGAAAUUAUUUUGUAUCUGCCCUCAGUUCAGAGCAGCUUUUAGUCAGGUCUUUGGACCACUAACAUAGUUUUCAGGGUUGUUGGCAAAAGCAUGGAUUGUCCACUAGAAUUAAAGUACGUGUGUAUGCGUGCAAAGAAGUGAAUGUGAUAAUUGCCUUUGCAUAUAUAUUGGGAACUUGACACAAAAGAUUAUACCACCACCAAAAAUGAAAUUAACUUAAUCUUUUCAUUAAUAAAUUAUAUAUCUUAUUCAAUAUAUUGUCAAAAACAAUUUAUUCCAAAAACUGAUUUGUUUACUUGUAGAUUUUAUGAAAAGAGAAAACUAGUGACAAGAACUUGGUAGAAUUUUCUGUCCUGAAUAUGGUCUUUUAAUAAUUAGUAUCAUAGCAAAUUUGUAGCCAUGAUAUAAUGGACAGGAUGAAAUCAUACCAACAGGUUACCAACUUCUGAAAUACCACGCCUAGUGGAUGUUCAGAUUUUUUCACCUGUAUGUUAUCAGCAAUUCCUAACAUUUCAUCCUUAUUUACUGGUUGUAAAUGUAGAAUAACAAAAUUGCGGGUGACCAUAUAAGGCAUUUCUUUUCCCUCUAAUAUUUGUGUGUGUGUGUGUGUGUGUGUGGUAUGUGUUUGUUUGUGAUUGUGUGUGUGUGUGGCUGUGCACAUAACUGUGCACAUCUCCCAUUUUAGCAAAUGGGAAUGACUUUUUUAUGUACAUUAAUUUAAGGACAUUUUAAAGAUGUACAGAAAAGUGACACUGUAUAUUUUUCUUGAUUAAUUUGAAAAAAUUGAUGAGAAUAAUGUAAAGAGCAUUUUUAUGUUACCAACAUGGAGCUUCUUUCUUUAAAGGUCGGUAGAAAGGCAUAUGGGAAUUCAGAGCCUUGCUCUACAAACUUUUAUUUCAUGAGGAUUUUAGUUACGAAGCUGAAGGGACUAACUGUUCACAUGCGUAAAGGUUUGUAUUAACGGGCUCUAACAAAAUCUCACGUUGGAUCCCAUGGUUGAUAGACACAGGGUUUUCCUCCUCAGGGUAAAUGACAGGUCAGCUAAGCCUCCUUGAAAGGGUAUAACGUGGACCUGAAGAAAGGCGUCUGUAAUUUGACAUAAUUGUCCAUUGAAUUUCUGUGGAACAGUGUGCUCCCAAGCAAUACAUAGGAGCGCAUGUUAAACAAAAGUGAAGAGGAUUGGACCAGAUGCUCUCAGUCACAUCAGUGCAAUGCCAUGUAAAGCGAUGGAGUUGCAGCUGAGAAACUGAGAGUGUUUGUCCUACUGUGUCUAAUGGUGUACAGGCCACAAACACUGUGUAAAGAUGUCACUGGGACAUGCAAUCUGACCGUGGUUGUAUUUUGCCUUCCUUGUACGUUUGUGUUUGGGAUAAUAUUUUGAACAGAAUAAGUCAUACAGCAUCAUCUUCUUGCACCAACAAGAAAACAGAAAUAAUCUACUACACUGGCCUUUUCUCUGAUGAGAACUUUUGACCAGAAUUCUUCACUAUUGGAUGCAUAAAGCAAGCUUCUAAUUGAUUAAAUAACUAACUAAAACAGGCCUCAUUUCAGGCAAAAGGAGCCAUUCCUGGUCUUGUUGAAGUCAAUGAGAUUUACAGCAGAUGCUCCUCACUUUUAAGGAUCGUUCUUGCACCCAGCUCUAACGAUCUUGGCAAAUUAACUUUUUGUUCAGAUAAAUGUUAUGUUUCACAUUUGAGUGAACUGUCUUUGUUUGAAAUUCCUCUUAAGUAAUUGUCCCAGUGAUUUUAUACAUGUAUGCUUUCCUCAUGUAAAUUGCUAUUUUAAAUUUUCUAUGUAAAAGAAGAACAUUGGCAAUAUUUUAUUGUAAAAUCUUUUACUAAAGAGCCAGGCCACUAUCCCACAUCAAAACGUAUGCCUUUUAAAUUCAGAGAUACUCUCUUCGGGACAUAACCUUCAGAUCGCCACUCUCUAAUUAAAGUAAAAGUAAAUUAUUAUAAGACUGUAUUUUGCCACUCUUAUUCAUGUUAAAUAGUGCCUUACUCAUCAAGUAGUUGCACUGAAGUUUGUGGGACUACUCUGAGAUAAUGUACUAGUAGCAGCUUUAGUAAGGGUGGCAGAAAUCUGGCCUUUAGUGAUGUAGUUUGCGAUGAAAUAAUUGUAUCGUGGUUGCAGAUGUUUGUGGUAAAUUUUGAAAAGAAGUGUGGGAGAGAUUAAUGGGAUGUGAAGCUUCAGGAUAUGAUUAAUUGUGUAAUAAGGGUUUUAAGCUCAGUUGGUAAGAGACAAAUUGUAGCAACUUGGGAAGUAUGGAGGACAGUUUACAGUUAUACUUUAGCUUAGAACUUUGUUAAAACAAUAGUAUUUUUAGAGUCUGCUUAACACAAUUAUUAUACUCUGAAUUGAGAAAUCAUAUGUAUUCGUUUAUUGUCUGCAGAUCACUUAGCCUUGUAAUGUUCAUUAUUGAAAAAGGAAGAGUGAUGAUGUGAUGUACCUAAUGUAAAUUGGUGGUUUAAAAUGUCUGAAUUAUGCCAAACAAAAAUCAUCUGUGCCAUUUGCAGUUUCCCAGUAAUCUUUUACUGAGUACUCGGAUUGGGAUAAAGGGCUUGUACUAUGCACUUUUUAUUGACUUAACAAAAUAAAUAGCAAACAUUAGUAACCUUU